AUGUCAGCUCGUUCUUCAACCCACCAGCCUCAGCAAUACAAGGAUUCCGAACAUCCCGCCAUUAUGAAGCCACUUCAUUCCAUCACCAUGAUGGUUCUCGCCAUCACGUUUCUUUUGAAUGAAGUUGCCUCCGCCACUUUUUCCGGUUCCCAAGAAUCCUUCGAGAUCCCAGCUACAGAGAUCAUAGCUUCUGCCGCGGACGCUGAUCUUCCAUACCCUCUCGUCAAGAAUCACCCCAAGGGCAAUAUAAACGGGAUUCACGUCGAAGGUACCGGCACUAUGAAUGAAAUCAUUGCGCAACAGGCUGCCAGAGGUGCCACCAUCCCCCUUCUCUCUGUUUCACCUGUUGCCAAGUGUAACGAGAGCCUUGAGGCUUACGCUAUUGGUCACUUCUGUAUCCCGGUUGCAGGCCAUAACUGGGGAAGAGCUCCAUACCUGCCGCUCUAUGAAAUGGUAACUUUCUUUCAAGAGUACCAGUACACCUGGAGCAUGGAACCUCGCCGAUGUGCCAUGGCACUGUGCAUCGAUGACGCCGCAGCUUACGUCUGCAAUGAUUGGUUUUCCGUACACCAAACCAGUCUCGCCGAAUUCGCCGAGCAUUUGAUGGAGAUCGUUCAUUUCUGCUGCGUGUCCCAAGGUCCGCAGGUGGAAUGGUCUUGUGGCGGUCAGUCUUUUGAUGACCUGGGGUGGAAUGUUAUCUUGAAAUGGAACCCCGGAUGCAAGAAAGGUGGUAAUCUAGGACAGACCUGA